GCCCGUUAGAGGGCUCAAUAUGAUGUUCCGCCAAGACAGCUUCAUCUGUCUUGAAGACACCUUACGUCGGUGACCACUUUUUCUACUUUUACCUUUAUUGAAAAGUUACCCGAUCUAACCUGAGGCGAUGGACUUUCUAAAGUCUGCUGUCGCUUCUGCCAUCUCGAAAGGCCCAGCUUUUGGGUACAGUUUCGGCGACCGUGUGGACAUUGAUGAUUCUAUUUGGACAUUACACAACGGCACAAAGCGAGAAGAUGGCUCCAAGUGUAGCAUAUUCUCCUUCGACGUGAACGCCAACAAGUCCCGCUUACCCCUUGCCCGCAAUGCGCUCCGCAAGCUUCGAACUCUACGACAUCCAGGCGUUGUGAAGGUGCUCGACACUGUUGAGACCGAUUCAUACAUCUACAUCGCAACAGAACGACUGAGUCCGUUGAGCUGGCAUGUCAAGCGAAAGAGUCUAACGGAGGAGACCAUAAAAUGGGGGUUGCAUAAUGUUGCAAAAACUCUCAAAUUUAUCAACGCGGAUGCCGUCUCAGUUCAUGCCUGCAUCCGCCCAGCCUCUAUUUUCUUUGGAGAGAGCGGAGAGUGGAAGCUUGCAGGUUUCGACGCUCUGAGCUCAAUGAAGGAAGACGAUGCAGUUCUUCCCACAUACGGGAGCCUUAUUCCAGACUCACAGCGAUAUAUGCCUCCCGAGGUUUCGAAAGGUGGUUGGGAAGUCAUUCGACAAAAUCCGACACACGCAAUCGAUGCAUACAACUUUGGAACUCUUAUUUUUGAAGUGUUCACGGGUAGCUUCCAUGGGCCUGAUCAGUUAACUCAACUGAAAGGCAUACCUCCUAGCAUGCACCAACCCUACAAGCGGUUAUUGAAUCCUAACCCAAAGGCACGAAUGAGCGUAUCUCAAUUUCUUGACCAGGGUAGACGUAUUGGCGGGUUCUUUCAGACCCCCUUGAUACAGGUCACGGAGGAUAUUGAGAACCUUGGCCUCAAAGCUGACGAGGAGAGGGAUGAGCUGCUAGGGAAAUUGGACGAAGUUUCCGACGAUUUUCCUGCGGACUUUUUCAAGAUGAAAGUCCUACCCGAGCUGCUCAAAUCCGUAGAAUUCGGAGGAGGCGGGGCUAAGGUUUUUGGAACUGUCAUGCAGAUCGGAACAAAACUGUCGGAUGAUGAGUACGAGACACAGAUAACUCCUGUUGUUGUGCGGUUAUUUUCCAGUCCAGAUCGAGCUAUUCGGGUCUGCCUACUUGAUAACCUCCCGUUAAUGAUCGACCACCUCUCUCAGAAGCUGGUGUCAGAUAAGAUUUUCCCUCAGAUGGUCACUGGAUUCACAGAUGCCGCGCCUGUCGUUCGAGAACAAACUGUCAAAGCGGUGCUUACCGUGGUAACUAAAUUGUCUGAUCGCAUAGUCAACGGUGAAUUACUGCGACAUCUUGCCAAAACGGCAAAUGAUGAGCAACCUGGGAUUCGAACAAAUACCACCAUCUGCUUGGGCAAGAUAGCGCGUAACCUUGGGGCAAAUAACCGAGCCAAAGUCCUCUCAGCGGCAUUUGCGAGAUCGUUACGCGAUCCUUUCGUUCAUGCUCGUAAUGCCGCUCUCAUGGCUUUGUCUGCCACGGCGGACCUUUUCAGUGAGGAAGAUUGUGCCACGAAGCUGUUGCCAGUCAUGGUACCUUCGUUAGUGGACAAGGAGAAAAUGAUUCGAGAUCAAGCCUCUAAGACAGUUGAUAUAUAUCUGGCUCGCAUUCGAAAACAUACCCAAUCGAUGCCUGAUACAGCCCUUCCGUCACCUUCUCUUUCUGCUUCGGGACCGAACGUCCCGCGAAUGGGAACUCCUGCUGGCGACAGUGCCUCGUGGGCGGGCUGGGCCAUUUCCUCGUUUACGAAUAAGAUUACCCAAGCAAGUGGACAGAUGCAGGCCAACAAUGGGAGCGUGGACACCCGACCGUCAUCCGUUCCGCCACCUGCUUCUAGCAAUACGAACAAGGCUGCUGCCAUUGCACCCAAAUCGGGCAUGGCUUUACAGAAGAGCACGCCCAAUAUUCCAUCCAUAGUCGCACCGGAGUCAACAGAUGAUUUUAAUGACGAAGCUGAAGACUUUACAGACGAUUGGGGUGGGUUUGGGGGAGACGACAGCACGUCUAAGGACAAGGAAGAGGAGGAGGAUCCUUGGGCUGAACCAGCUCCAGCAAAGGCCAAAUCGCCGACGUCAUUCGAUGACAACGGAGAGCCUGACUUUGCUGGCUGGCUCGCAGCACAGAAUCAAGCUAAGAAGCCGGCAAAGAAUGCACUUCCUAAGGGACUUUCCAAGGGUGCAGCCAGCAAAUCUACACGCCCGGUCAUUGGCGGUCGAUCUAGUACCACAGGAUCGACGUCGACAAGGAAGGUUAUUGUUCCUCCGGCUAAGAAAGAGACGCCCAAGCCCGCAGCACCUACCACGAAAUCUAACGAAGAUGAAGAGGAAGGAUGGGGCGAUGCAUGGUAGCUGGGUCCACGUGAGGCGACCCACUGAUUGUAUUUGAAGAUCUGGUAUACGAUUGUCGAUAUUGAAGAAGCGUAGAACGCUCCUUGUUAUACCCCUUCCUUCCUUUAAUCCGUUGGUCAUUUCGGCAUGAUAAGCAUCGUACAUACAGAGCGUGGGAGUCAGUUGACAAAAAUGUUCAUUUGGAAUCUUCACACCCAUAGAGAUAGACUGGGUAAUACACACUUUACAAAACCC